ACCUGAACAGAUAUGGGUCCAAAGUCUCCAAAUCGAGAACGGUGCUGACGAGAACACUCCUUAAAUCAUUCUCAGAUUGAUCAUCUGUUGUUGUUGAUGAAGCAGCCAUUCUACUAGAAACAGUUACCGGCAGUAAGUUUGGCUUGUUCACAAUCUUAUCGCUUUGUGAAAAGCUUGAGAAAUGAGUUAGUAACCGUCUCACGUUUCUCAACAUUUUGAUUGACACCGGCUGAUAUGAUUACGCAAUCUCUAUCCCGGAACGGAAAACAACAAGCGCUCGCUAGCGAGAUUCGACGGGUGUCCGGAAUCAAAACAUUGAAUCGUACAAAUUAACCCUUUUCGCUCGAAGGCUGAUUAGACUACUGCUUUUACUAGCAUCCCUCGGUGUAUCCUGCCACAAGCCUAGCCUCAGCUUUUACAAGUUACUUUUAGGGUAUACGCCUUCUUCUUCAAAUAAUAUAGGGGGGGUCAAAAUAUUUAAAGAUGGGACAGUCUGAGAGUGCUGAGAAGUCCAGGAGUUCACAGGAAACUGGGAUGAGAGCGGAAUACCAGACUUAUCGAUCUCUCUUCUCACCUGAAGAACAGGAAGAACUGCAAACUGUUUUUGAGAGAAUAUGUCGGAGCAACCCACAGCAAACUGAUGGGCAGGGUCAAGCAACUUUCUCCAAAGAACAGUUCAUGAGUUGUUUAGGUGAGAUCCUAUCUGAGUCGACAACUGAGCGUCUAUACAAUGAGAUGCUUCAAGUCCAAGGGGUCAUCUCCUCAAUAAAAUCCAUCUCUCAAGAAGCUUUCGUGAUCGCCCUCGCCAAGCUACUUAAGGGAACUAUGGAAGAAACAAGUCUGAUGGUGUGCAGACUAGCUGCCAACAUGGCUGACAGGAUAACAAAAGAACAUCUCUCAAAGUUCAUCACAGAUAUCUUAUCAUCCUAUGAGAAAGCAUUGAAGGCAGCGGAUAAGAUGGGAGGUUGGAAUAUUAAGGCUGAUGCUGACUCCAAACAAAGAUUUGUGCAAUUCACUUUACAGGGCAUGGAUGAAGCUGAGGGAGGCUACUUGAGUGUAGAUCAGGUACAGUCAUGGUUAGAAAAGACUAGAGUGUUUUAUUCUCUCUUCACUGAUGUCUUCCAAGUCUGUUUUCAUCCUGGAAACACGAUGCUAAGGGAAGAUAGCAUGUCUUCUGCUGCAGCUUACGUAGACGAGGCUGAAACCAUCACCGAUGACAUCAUCCACCACGUACCCACGCUGCCUCUGUGCAAGGAUGCACCGUGGUCAAAGUUCACGACCUUACUUGACCUUCCCAGUCUAUUAACCAUCAACUAUCACCUACCCCAUGAGUUAAGACGGGAAUGGAGGUUCCUCUAUUCAUCAUCUAUCCAUGGAUCAAGCUUCUCAACAUUCCUCGCUCACAUCCAGAACAAAGGACCUUCGGUUAUAAUUGUUAAGGAUACCGAUGGCCGGGUCUUUGGUGGAUUUGGGUCAGAAAGCUGGCAGAUUGGACCAAAUUUUAUAGGAAACACCCACUGCUUCCUGUUCAGUUUGACCUCUGACCUUGGUGUGUACGAGACAACAGGACACAAUGAUCAUUACAUGUAUCUGAACAUUGAUCAGCAGACUAUGCCUAAUGGUCUGGGCAUGGGCGGGCAGUUUGAGUACUUUGGAUUGUGGAUAGACCAGGAUUAUGGCAAAGGCCAUAGUAAGGCCAAGCCUAAGUGUACUACCUACGACAGUCCCCAACUCUCAGGUUCAGAGAAUUUUGUCAUUGAUUGUAUAGAAGUCUGGGCAGUUGGACCACUACCAAAGAAAAAGGCAGAGGAUGAUGAGGAUGAUGAAGGUCGCAAGAGUAUCCUCGACAAAGAUCCCGAGGCCACUGCACUCCUUGAGCUGGUAGGGAAAUCAAGAAAGAGCGAAGGAUUACGAGAGGUUGAUGACGAUGCUACGGCAGACAUACCUGAGGUUCAUGAACUACAUGUACCACACCCGAUAUCCUGAAGGAUCCAUGAUAAUGCUGGUGGGUGUUUCAUGAAGCUGUUGGUAAGUUACGAACGACUGGUGAUCCUUUCUUAAGCACUAAAUCAACACUAAUGAAAAUUUGGUGUUCAAACUUUACUGCAAGAAAGGAUCACCAGUCCUUGGUGUAGAGUUGCUCGUAACUUACAAGCAGUUUUAUGAAACGCCCACCGGGUGAGGGUUUCAUAAAGCUGUUCGUAAGAUGCGAAUGACUUCACGCACGACUGGUGACCCCUUCUUGUGCUAGAUGAUACAUCCCUUUGUCAUUCAUUUAGGACAUAAGAACAUGUUCCAGUCGUUUCUAAAGUUGUGUGUAACUUUACGAGCAGCUUUAUGAAACACCCACCUGGUCUUGAUGAAGUGGUGUUGGAUCGUAUCAACUCAGGCUGAACAAAGAGUACUGAAUAGAUUUCAAAGUUUCUUAAUCAUACAAAAAGGAUUUUAUUUGAGCCGGGGCAAGUGGCAUGUCAUCCUUUUUGUGAUUCUUGAUGAAUUGUCAAUGCUUCAUGCUGGAAGGGGAAGUCUUCUCCUGUCCUCUUUUUGUGUGCUCAUAGUGGUGGUUAUGUCUAGAGAGCUAAUAAUACAAUUUCCCAAUCACAGAAAAGUCAAUUUUGAUUAGAGUUAAGUAAGGUACUAGAGAUGUUCCUGUGCUUUAUACAAACUGAUGAAAUGUCAAAAGCUCUCUCUUGUUCCCACCUUGCUUGAAAGCGCACUUUGCAUCCUCACUACCGAAUUUCUCAUCCUGGCUACACGGAUGGGAACGACUCACAUACAAUAUCACAAAAUGUUCAUUAAUCUGUUUCGUUUAUCAUUAUUAUUACUGUAUUAUAUGAAGUGGAUUCCAACUCAAGAUAAACAGAUGUGCAGGAUAAACUUAAUUGGAUAAACAUUAAGAUAGAUAUGAAUCUGUAAAAGUUGUAAUCACUUUUAUGAUAACAAUGAUGUUUGAUUUACCUCGGGAUGCCACUUCUGUUAUGAAACUGUUCUACUGCUGUUAUUAUACCUUUUUUUUAAUUAUACAUGAACUUCUAUGAUAGACAUUAAAAAAGGUUAAGAAAAGUUAUCCACAUGCACACAAAAUAAGACUGGUCAUAUAUAUUUCGAUACAAUAUUGAUUUCGAGGCAUAUAUUUAAACUUUAGUUAUUUAAUAUUGCAUCUGAAUAUAUGAUCUUUACUGACAGUCUUAUGUUUCCAGUGAUAUUCCAAGUUUAAUUUAUCUUUCUUUCUUUAGUUAUUUAAUAUUGCAUCUGAAUAUAUGAUCUUUAAUGACAGUCAUAUGUUUCCAGUGAUAUUCCAAGUUUUAAUUUAUCUUUCUUUCUUUAGUUAUUUAAUAUUGCAUCUGAAUAUAUGAUCUUUAAUGACAGUCUUAUGUUAUGAUAUUUCAAGUUUAAUCUCUGUCAUUUUGCCUCCGACGAAGAUUCUGCUAGGAUCGAAAGCUUAGGCCCCUUUUGACUUUCUAAUUUACUCCAUUGGCUCUCUUUUAUUAGAUAAGCAGUUUUCAGCAGCUUCUUUUUGCCAAGUUUAAUUUAUCUCUUUCUUUUCUCUAUUUUUAAAUGGCUCAUUGGUUCUAUUUGUGGUUUAAAACAUUCCUCUUUGUAAUUCUGCCCUCUUUACUGUUUUCUUCUCACUUAAAAAAAUUAUUUUGAAUUCCAAUACUAGUGUUAUACAGUAGUGUAUACCUGUACCUGUAUGUACUGUGUAUAUUUUGUUUUGAUUUACUAUCAGAGUCAUCAUUUAUUUAGAAAUGUAUUUAUAUUCAGUUUACUACAUAGUUCAAUUGAAUUGUCAGGGAGUUGAUGAUAUUAAUGUUGCCCAAUGUCUACUCCAUGUACUAUUUAAAUCAUGGGUUUGAAGGUAUUGUUAUGUUAUCUAUGUGCUUUGUAUUUAAUCUGCAUUUCUACUUGAUGUGCACAUUAUCAUUAGCUACAUUGAAUCAACUCAUGAAAUUAGUGAGAUAUUUUAUUACUGAUCUUUGGUCUUCUUCAAUCAAUUGAAUCCUUUUUCCUCUUUUCUAAUUAUUGAAGUUUGUUUGAUGAUUGAAUUAAAAUGAAUGUCGAUAAAUAUCUAUAUUAUAGGCUUUCUAGCUUUGCCAGAUAGGAUGGUAUAGUGAAUAUUCUAUAAAGUUGUGCUCAAGCAGGGUGCUACAUAACUUUUUAAAAGCACUUGCCCAGUCAGGCAAGUAAAUUUUUAAAUAGUUCAAAUAUACUUGCCCAAAAAUAUAUUUCACUUGCCCGAAAAAAAUCAUUGAAAAAAAAGUUUUACCUCUUCAAAAGAAAGUAUUGCGGUUUUAUAAACCAUUGACCUUUUUCUCUUUUUGACAUGAACUGAUCUACCUUGUUAUUGCCAUGACCAAAUUUAGGAUCAAUAUCAUAUCGACCCUAAUUUUGGUCAUUCUACUGUGAGAAUUUUGCUUGCCCAAUGCGGGCAAGUAGUUUUGGUCUUUACUUCAAAACACUUGCCUGACUAUCUUUUACUUACCCUGGGCAAGAGCUUAUGUAGCACCCUGGCUCAAGUUAGUGAAUCCUACCACAAAAUGCACUACUUCAUGCUGAGUGUUGAAUGUAGACAACAUAACUUCAAUGUUCAGAGAAGCAAACUUUAUUACCUGACAUCAUUUAUCAGUAUCUAAAACCUGGCAGAACAUGAAUUCUUUAUAUAUGUUCAUUUUCUGGGGUUCACUACCUUAUGAUCAACACUGUAUAUCAUAGUAUGAACUGUGCCUUUGCAAGUAAACUAAUUGCUCCUCAUACACAUAGGUCAUCUGGCCUUAUUUUGACAAAAGGAAGCAAGAGAACUUUAAUAGUUUUUAAUUGAGUGUACAUUUUACCUAUUGAUUUCUUCUUCCAGGCCAAAUGUCAUCGAAAUGCACUGAUGUUAUGGUUUCUGAACAUUAUGCUAAUGCAUUGGCAUCUAAAACAACUGACAAUUUUGUUCAUUUAAAAGAAAUUGUACUUUUGUUACUUGAUUCAUUUUGCCAAAGUAGGGCAGAAUAGCUGAAGACUUAUGUACACACCAAUCAACAUUUAACCCAUACCACUCAAUGAUUUCUAAAUAUGUAUUUUAAAAAUGUGAAGUUUGUUGGCAUGAUUGAUCAAGUACAUGUAGUCAGAUCUGCAAGUGUGAAUAAUAUUUCAUCUAUAAAGAUUAUUAAAAGAAACAAUGCUGUUAAAGAAACAGCACGAGUACCUCUGGAUGUUUAAUAUUAUGAAGUGUAUACAUGUAAAUGUGCCUAGACAGUUGUCUCUUGCCAUUCAUUUACAAUUUCCAAACUUUUGCUUAAAGUUGCAAAAAACACCUUUAAACAGAGUAAUGUUGUGUAAGAAAAUCUUGCAUAAAAUAACGCAAUGACAUCCAAUUUAAUUACUUGUAUUGAGCCUUUUUUUAAUAAUACAGGUCUCAAACACAUGUAAUACUAUUCUCUAUCAGCUAUGUCUUUAUAUGAUAUUUCUUCAUAUUCGCUUUCUUGUAUAUUGAUAAUCAUUAGAAGAGGCUAACAAAGUAACAGUAAUACACUGUUUAUAUCAUAGAACAUUCAUAUCUUUAUUAUGGCAAUAGAUGAAAUGUCUCGAGUAAAAUUAAUUUAAAUACUUAUAUUUACAGGAACAUUCUUCAAUGAAUAAGUACAUUUAAUAACAAAAUACAUUUUCAAAAUGAAUAUACAGUUUAAAUUAAAGGUCAUAAUGAACAUCAUUAAUAAAUUUGUAUGUAAUCUUGUUCAUCAUACAUGAAUUAGAUAUCUGAAAAAAUAAUGUUACGAUCGUGACAUUAAUCAUAGCAACUUCGAUUUCAAAUUAAGCCCCUUACAGUUGUCCAAAAUGCAAACUCAGCGUAUAAUAGCAGUGGAAGGUCAAAUAAUGUUUAAGUGCAUUAUCAAGAUUUAGUCUAAGUAAGAAUACAAGAAUUGUAAAAGAAGAGUAACACCAGUUUUUAUAAAGUUCAAAGUAUAUGUUAUAAGCUUGUAUGAUUGCUAUUACGAGAUAGUAAACCUUGUGAUUAAAAAAAAAGCACCAAUGUUAGGACUUUGGAUAGUGUGUUCAUGAAAAGAAAAGCAAUUUUAUAUCUCUUCAUAUACUGGAAAGAUGGUUAAAUCUACCUCAUCUAUUAUUUGCAAUACGUUCUGCAUACAGAAAAUUUGACAUUAUUUAAAAAAUAAUUUCAAACAGUAUAAAUUGAGUACAAUAACCAUGCACUUGAGAUCAUAAAUCACUGGUUUAGAGACAGUGAUUUUCCGUUUUGAAAAAUGGUCUUUUCCGUUUUGGAAAAUCUGUAAUUCUGUUUCAACUUGAUCUAAUAAUGGAAAUUCCGUUUUGUCAGUGAAAAUGUACACAGCAAAAACCUGAAUUCUCUUUGCAAAUGUGAAUUCCAUGAAUUUUUACAUGGAAAGUUAAGUAUAAGAACCAAACGGAAUUUCCGUUUAUUUACUGGAAAAUGGUUGUCCCUGCUGGUUAAAUAUUAAAUGUGGAGUUAUUUCACAAAGAGUGAAGUGUGACUAUAAAUCUCAAUGAAAUUCAGUUGCGUGUGGUAUACAAGAACAUUGCUGCAUUGGUAAAAUUAUACUCGAGGCCAGUGCCGGAUGUGCCACUGGGUUUCAUCAAUGGGAUCAUACAUUAUCAAUUUUUUAUCAUAUUUUUAAAUUAAUCAUGCAAUCAUCAGAAAAAAUGGUAUAAAAUUGUAAAAGAAUAUAUAUUGACUUAAAAAGAAAUUAUGUUUUGAAUACUACUACCUGGGGGUGUUUCACAAAGAGUUAAGUAUGAUUUAAUGUCGCACUAAGCAUGACUUUAAGUCACACUUAAAGCUUUGUGAAACACCCCCCUCCCUCAUACCAUAAAGGUAAACAAUCAAAGACAUGCAAUAUUGCCUUUUUAUCAACAGUACAACUCAUUAUUUUAUCAAGUGGAUUAAAUCCACUUUAACGUUUAUUAUACUUACCAGUAAUAGUUCUUAUAAAGUGUAACAUAACAUGGUGAAGAAAAAAAAUGUGUAUUGGAAUGUACGAUUUAAUUGGUCUUGCAAAUAAAAUCAAAGUUCUAUAUUUACUUUGUACAA